CAUUUCAUUCCCAUUUUUAAGUGUCUGUGGACAAGCUGAGACCUGCCUGCUAUUUACUGAUAUUCAACCCUGCUGUAAAUAAGUGACAGUAAAUUGGAUCCUGGCCUCCAGUAACGGAUGACAACCAUAAAAACAGGUCAAGCAGAUUCCUGUGUUUGAGUAAAUCAGUAAAUGAAUAAGUUAGCAUGUUGCCACUAACAAAGGAUGUUUUCCACUUUUCUUUGUCCCACUGGUGGAAAUGAUGAAGCCCCAGAAUAACUUUAUCCAAACAGUCAUGCCAACCAGCCAGCCUGCCACUGAGUCAAGCAUGCAGCUGUUGUGUCCUGCGCCCAAUACAUUCAGCUCCAGCACUGUCGAUCCAACCAGCCAUUCAGACAGUCUCUGCCCUCUGUCCAGCCCCAGUUAAGUAUUUAACCACUCAGCUCCUCUCCUUCCCAGCCCCCCACACCCCCAUGCAGACUUCCUUUCCUGCCCCAGGAUGCGAUGUAGUGACGUGCCUACCAGCGCAGUGACACCAUCCUUGUUCUGAUGUGUUUUGCUCUGAAGCGAUUAGAAGGAAACAGCUUGCCAGGGGCAGGCAGCUGCUGUUUCCCACAGCUUGCAGCAGUUUGGGGGGACAACAGCAGGAUGCCGUGGGGGCGAAGUGGUUCGGCAGCCCUGCUGCUGCUCUCGGGCAGAGCCAUCGCAUGGGCCAAGGCCAGAAAUCCCAGCCCCACCGAGAUGAGCGUGGAGCCCUGGGCCAGCCCGCAGGACCAGGCAGCCGCUGAGCACGUACACAGCACGCACACGCACACGCCAUCCUCCCAGGAUCAGGAGCAGCACCCCGACAAACUCUGCCUGGACUCGUUCUGGAGUGAGGUGGAGACCAUCCGACAGGGGAGUGGCUACACAGACCUCGACAGCACCAAGAGGGACUCCAGACAGUCAGAAGAAGGCGAACAGGAGGAGCAGUGGUUGGCCGAUGCUGGUUUAUCGACCCUCAUCAGCGAGGACAGCGAGGAUGUAGACAACGCGGUGCUGCUGUUAACUCUGACCCGGACCCAGGCCGAGGCCGUCCAGCGGCGACUGGAUUCAUACACGCUGUCGCUCCGCAAGAGGAACAAACCCGCACCGCGUGACGUUCGUGACAUCUUCCACUCCCCCAUCACUCAGACACUUCUGCCUGAGUCCCAGCAUAGUGAAGAGCCUGCCCAAAACAGCAUGGCAUCGGUUGCCAAAACACCACUAUCAGCUAUGACGGCGGAGCAUCGACGAGGCACUCCCAAAGAGGAAGUCUUCAUCACCGAAGUGGCUUACUGCGAACAGGCUGUCAUCUUCCUUAAACAGGCCAAACUGCCACAGAACAAAAGCCAACGCAGAAAAGAGGAUGGCACCCUGCCUCGGGUGGUCUGCCCUAAGUGCCGUCUGGGAGUGACUCGUAUUCAGGAUCUCUCCCACAGUGACAUGAAGAAGGUGCGUCAGCUGGCUCUCAUCGACAUGACGGCGCUGUGCGACCUCUUAGAGCUGGAGGUUAAAAGGCACAAAACCAGCAAGAGGAAAAUCCCAGAGAGCACGCUCUACGGGGUGCCGCUGGCGACGCUGCUGGAGAACGAUCAGAAAAUAAAACCCAACACCUCGACUCCUCUCUUCAUGCAGGCGCUGUUGUCGUUUUUGGAGAAGAAAGGUGUCGAUUCGGAGGGGAUCCUGCGGGUUCCAGGAUCUCAGUCCAGAAUCAAGCAUCUGCAGCAGAACUUGGAGAGCAACUUCUACUCAGGGCAGGUCAGCUGGGACGAGGUGAGUCCCAACGACGCCGCCGCGCUGCUCAAGAAGUUCAUCCGGGAACUGCCCGCUCCUCUGCUCACCGCCGAGUACCUCAACACCUUCAGCGCCGUCAGAGACAUCACAGAGCUGAAGCAGAAACUUCACAUGUUAAACCUGCUCAUCCUGCUGCUGCCUGAGCCCAACAGGAACACACUGAAGGCCCUCCUCGAGUUCCUCAGUAAGGUGGUUUCCAGGGAGAAGAGAAAUAGGAUGAACCUGUGGGCCGUAGCAACCAUCAUGGCUCCCAACCUCUUCCUCCAUAAGGCCGUCCCCAGCAGACUGACUGAGGGGGCAGAGAAAGGGCAUGCGGAGAAGGCAGCUGACGUCAUGAGGCUCCUCAUCCGCUACCAGGACCUGCUCUGGACGAUCCCUAAUUUCCUGAUGAGCCAGGUGCGUAAGCUGAAUGAGAACAGUAACCGGCGCUACCAGUUCUACGAUCGCCGCAUCAAGAACCUGCUGAGGAAGAUCCACACAGACAGCCGCGAAAAACCUGAUAAAAACACCUCAGAUCCGUGCCGUACUGUGAAGAUCCAGGUCGGGGAUCUGGUGAGCGGCACAAUGGAGUUCCCAUUCAAUGUCAACUCCCGAGCCUCAGACCUGCUCGCCCAGUUUCAACACCAGUCCCUCCGCAGCCCCGACAAUGGAAAGGGCAAAAUGCGAAGAAACGGCUCUGUGGCGUAUCCGGACUGCGCCCUGUAUGAAGUGGGAGGGAAUAUUGGUGAACACUGCCUGGAUCCCGACGCACACCUUCUGGAUUUGUACAACACUAACUCUGGAGGAGAGUGGGUCAUCAAGCUGAAACCCAACGCCAGCAGAGGGCUGUGAAGGAUGGGCGAACAGAUUGGGAAACAGCUCGCCGGAGAAGGACAAAGGCAUAGCAUAAAAAAAAAGGGAUCAAAUCCAUGCAGCCCUAUCUUCUUGUCUUUUUCAUCCUUGGAUCAACAAGGGAGAAGGAGACAGAUGGAGGGAACAGAAACCAAUAAAUAGAGAAUCUGCCAGGAGCAGAGCCUAAAAACUGGCUAUAGUCAGAUGAACACACUUUGCCCUCUUUCUCUUUCCCCUCUCUCUCUCUCUCACUCUCUCUCUAUCUUCCUUCUCUUUUUUUCCCUUUGCUCCAUCAUACCUCUCCUGCGUUGCCGCAGGGAUGCAAUGCUGCAAGUAGAAAGCCGCUGAUGUGACUCAUUACUUCAGACAGAAAACCUGCUGCAUAGAAAAGAGAGGAGAGAGAGAGAGAGAGAGAAAGAUAGAGAGAGAGAGAGCAGCUUGGCAGUUUGGUUUGCCAUCUUUUCUCUCAAGCAAUCAUCUCCAACCAUGAGUGAGCAGAUGGGGAUGCAGAGCACCUCUGGUUAUAGAGAGCAGAGGUCCCGCCUCCUGCUCAGGCCAGCCAGACAAUGUGUUUUCAUAUCCUGGGUUUCAUUCAAUCUUUUGCAAAAAGCUGAAACAUGAUUCAGGAGCUUUAUGACAAUAUUCUUGGCUAAAUUGGUGUCUUAUCCUGCACUGGUUUUACAUAAAAAAAAAAAACAUUUAUUCUGAGAUUCAUCAAUUACCUUAGAAACGGCAUUGUCACCACGAGGUCCAUUCUGCUACUAAAUGGACAUACAUUCUCUAGGAGAGAUUUACCUGAGGAAAGCAGGUUUCUGGAAGCCCCCUAGCAUAAAUCAAGUUUCUCGUUUACAUGACAUGAAAUCAGUUUACUGGAGAAAGUCGACUGUAACUUAGCCACUCUCGUGACCAUUUAGCUUAUGAUAUUUACAGAAAAACGUAUGUCCUGCCUUUUUAAUUACUGAUGAUUAAAAAUCAGGGAGAGAAAAAAUAUUCAAAACUGAAAGCUAGUGGAACAGAAGCUAACCUGGAAACGGAGCGGGACUUCAGCUCUUAGUAAGCAUACAGUUACCAAUUGAUCAAUCAGUUAAUCAACCGGCUGAUCCCUCUAAUCUGUCUCUCUGCUAACCGUUUUCCCAGCUCAGACAUUUUGAUCACAAAGUAAACAAAGACGGAGGGUUUUUCUCUGUAUCGACUCCGUUUGUCUGUGCCAUUCAAAGAGGGAAAGAGACCCAGAUGAACCGAUAUCUUCUUAUCUGUGAAACCUUGCGAUCUCCUGGGCCUUAUAAAAAAUAAUCCAUGGACUUCCAAGGACCCCUGACUUGUACAGAACAGUGCUCAAAGAGACUUUUCUUUUUUUUGAUACCAAGGGAUUCAACCUCAAGGACAGUUAUUGCACCUCUAAAGGGAAUUGUUAAGGACACACAGUGAAGCUGGUCUUCAGUUCUCAUUUUUAAACACAUGAAAGUGCCAAAACUACUGAAGUGACUCUUGGGGUAUACUGGGAUUAUUGUUGUUAUUUAUCUGAAUGUAAUGCCAUUGUUGCUUCUGUAUUUGAUGAGUAUAAUGUAGGCUAGAGAGACUUUACGAUAAUGUGGAGUUGCUGCACUCAGUGUAACAGUAUGUUGUGUUAAGUCACCCAUACUCAAUGUGGGAAUUUGUAGUGUUCCUGUACAUAUAUACAUAUAUACGUAUUCAUAUUUUCUUUACACCCUAAACAGUACAGUAACAUAAAUGUGUAAAUAUUCAUGCAUACACUCCGGUGUGAAGAGGCACUGAAAUCACUGCAGUAGGACUGUUUUGAUUGUGUUGCUACUCGAGGUAUUCCAAACACACGCAAGCAGAAAAUGAAUGUGUUUAACAUUUUGCGGCGAUCGUCAGAUGUGAAUCAUUUACUCCUCGCAGUCGGAGCCAUGUUGGUGCGCCGCAGCCAUUUUGUGGGAAGUGUCUCCCACACUCCACUCAAUAGAUGGAGUAAUGACAGUCAGCCCGGCACCAACAUCUAUCAACACCCUCCGCUCCAUCUCUGUCACAUCCCAAUAAUGGACCAUAAUGGCGGUGUGGUGCAUGCAUCAGAAACACGCUGAGGAAUCACAUUUCUUUCAUAAAGGAGAAGGUAAUAAAUGUCUGUUAUAAAUUCUGCUGCCCUGGACCUGAUGACAGCAGCUGUGUGUGUGUGUGUGUGUGUGUGUGUGUGUGUGUGUGUGUGUG